AUGGCUUACCCAAAGUUCUCUCUCUUGAUUUCCACGCGGCGACAACCAAGAGGUCCUUUCAGGGAAGAUUCUCUCUGCAAUUGCACGAGUCUGUCUCUGCUUAAGAAUAGAUCAUCUCUGCAUUUGCAUACUCCUCGUACGACCAGCCACAACAGCCUCAACAGCUUGGCCCUGGGCACUGUACGAGGACGGCUUGCUCUUGGUAUGCUUGAAUCAGACUUGCGAGAGAGAUUCGCAGUGAGAGCCUUAUCGCCCAAACUCCCCGAUGUGGAAAGAUCAGGUACUCGAAAAGUUGACAUUGGCAAAGUCGCAGUCAGCUCAACUCCACCCAGCAACAACAUUCGUUCAAAGAUACAUACCAGGUUCAACCACUCUUUUCACAGCCACACUCAUUCCACAAGCACAAUGCAGUUCACAACAGCGAUCCUCGCCCUCUUUGCGACCGGUGUUCUCGCAGCUCCCCACGCGGAAGCACCAGGAAAGUCGGGCCCAUCUAGUCAGCCCGCUCAGUCCGACCAGCAAGGUAGCCAACAAGGCGGCUCUGGCUCCGGCCACGAAGGUGGAGGAGGCAAAGGCUCCACAGCCAUAGGGAACGGCAACACCGAAACCAACACCGAAACCAACAUCUGCAGCAACAAAGGCAACGCAGCCUUCUGCUGCCCCACUGCAAACAACAAUUCAGGCUUAUUAGCUUUGCUCGGCCUGAAUGGACUAGGCGGAGGGUCGUGCACUGGCCUGACCGGAGGAAGUGAUUGCUCUACGGGCACAGUAAUGUGCUGCCCAAACUCCGCAAUUGAUCACACGUGGGCUUACUUUGUGCGCAGGGACUUAUUCCGAUCAACAUUCCCAUCACUCUUGCCAGCAGCCAAUGCAGCACCGGUGACCAGGCGAGCGACAAUUGCGAUAUGCUUGCCACAUAAUGCUCCGGUGCGAGCACUGCAGCUAUCAGGAACGGGUUCUCGGUAUGGGUGGUAA